CUUGUGCCUUAUCUUUAGUUAUAUUUCUUUUUUAAGUAGCAACGUUACUUUGGUGGCUUUGCCACAGUAUAUUCAUCAGUAAUUGUUCCAGCACAUCGCAGCAACAAUCUCGUAGUGAAUUUGGGCGAACAACAAUAAAGAUGCGGUCCGGGAGCGCCUGUUUUGUGGUGUGCGGUCUGGUGGUGCUGGCAUUUGGCGUCCAAAUGGGCUUUGGGAUCAAGUGCUGGGAGUGUCGCUCAGACUCGGACCCGAAAUGUGCCGACCCGUUCGAUAACAGCACCCUGUCCAUCACCGAUUGCCACCAGGUAGAUUCGAAAUCCCAUUUACCUGGGGCGAAGGCGACGAUGUGCCGCAAAAUAAGGCAAAAGGUACAUGGCGAAUGGCGAUACUUUCGCAGCUGUGCUUUUAUGGGCGAACCCGGAAUCGAAGGGGACGAACGAUUCUGUCUGAUGCGCAGCGGCACCUACAACAUCUUCAUGGAGUACUGUACCUGCAACAGCAAGGACGGUUGCAAUACGGGAUCGUACCGUACGCCGGCGAGACUGCUCAUUGCUGGUGCGCUAAUAGCUUUGCUGUCGGGCUUGACUAUUUUCCGUCGUCUGUAAACGCUGCCAUUCCAUUGACCUCGGUUCGUGCCCGGCGCAAGAGCAGCGCAACGAGAGGUGCGAACGGGAGUUCAACAAAUUCCUCUCGGAUCGAGAGCGGAACUUAAGAUAUAGAAGAGAGCCGAAAGCUUUUUGCAGUAUUCUAUAGACAAAAGGAAACAUUCCGUCCACACUCAAGUAUGAAUCUCUUGUCCACUUAGGGUACAUAUUUUCCUCUACAAUUGCAUUUUUGUACCUUACGAAACGUAAUA